UUCAAAAUCAAACCUCAUUCCACACCUUUAAUUUCUUCUUCUUAAUCUUCAUAUUACGUUACUCUCCGGCCAGCGGCGCGCGGCUAGGUAUAGUAGGGAUGGCACGCACCAAACAAACUGCACGUAAAUCUCACCUCGGAAAGGCUCCGAGGAAACAACUUGCUACCAUUGCUGCACGGAAGACGGCGCCGCACGCGGGAGGGGUGAAGAAGCCGCACAGGUACAGGCCGGGAACGGUGGCGCUGAGGGAGAUCAGGAAGUACCAGAAGAGCACAGAGCUUCUGAUCAGGAAGCUCCCUUUCCAGAGGCUCGUCCGCGAAGUUGCCCAAGACUUCAAGACCGACCUCCGCUUCCAGAGCCACGCCGUCUUGGCCCUUCAGGAGGCCGCCGAGGCGUACCUUGUCGGCCUCUUUGAGGACACCAACCUCUGCGCCAUCCACGCCAAGCGCGUCACCAUCAUGCCCAAGGACGUUCAGCUCGCCAGGCGAAUCCGCGGCGAGAGGGCUUAGCUUGAUGAUGAUGAUGAUGAUCAUGGUGGUGAAUUGGUGACGAUCGAAUAAAGAUUACUGCUUAUU